GUCACACAUAGAGUGUAUGCAAAACAAUACAUCAAAACUAAUUAAUUGUGUUUUUAUUGAUAUUUAAUUGUUUUUUAAUUGAUUAUCAUUUUCUCAUCGAUCGUCUCAUUUGAUCCACUCGUUGGCCCUUCCAUUGCCAGAGUCUUCGAGCCCUCUAUAGUCAGCCAUCAAAGUAUUGUACACAUCAUUGAUAAGUGAGAGAACCGGAAGAAUAUGUCGACAAGUUUUACGGUUCGCGAGCGGCAGAAGAAUGCCAUGAAAGCCAUACUGAAUCUGAACGCAACGGUAAACGGGAGUACAGCGGCGACGGGCGCCGCAUCGGAACCGGUUUGGAAACUCUUUAUAUACGACCGGUGCGGACAAGACAUCGUUUCGCCACUCUUUUCGGUUAAAGAGUUACGCGAAUCGGGUAUUACUCUUCACAUGCAACUACACUGCGAUCGGGACCCGAUUCCAGACGUGCCGGCCGUCUAUUUCCUGCUGCCGACCGACGAGAAUGUGAUGCGAAUCUGUCAGGACUUCCGGAACCAACUCUACGACCAC